CGCUCACACACACUAGCUACUCCGGCGAGCUCUAACCUUUCUGCUGGUAGUCCGGCGAUCUCCUACAAACCGCAAGUCUCUCCCAGCGCCGGCGGCAAGGCACGUCCUCAUGGCCUCGUGGUCAACCGGCCUCUGCGGCUGCUUCCAUGACAUCGGCGGCUGCUGCCUGACCUUCUUCUGCCCGUGCGUCGCCUUUGGGAGGAUCGCCGAGAUCGUCGACAAGGGGGCCAUGUCAUGCUGUGCGAGCGGGACGCUCUACAUGCUGCUGGCCAUGACGACGGGGAUAGGCACCGGCUUCUACUCCUGCUGCUACCGCGCCAAGCUGCGCGAGGAGCACGGGCUCGCGGAGAAGCCCUGCGGCGACUGCUGCGUCCACUUCUUCUGCGGCCUCUGCGCCCUCUCCCAGGAGUACCGCGAGCUCAAGAACCGCGGCUUCGACAUGAGCGCCGGAUGGGAAGCCAACGCGGAGAGGAUGGGGAAGACCUCCGUGCCCUAUGUGAACCCCGGGAUGACUUGUUAGUCGGUCAAAUGCAAUGAGGACAGUUACCGGCAUCCCCAAUAUGUAUAUCCGGGCCGGGCAUGUCAAGAUUCAGCUUCUGCUCUAGUCUUGUUUCUUCCGACCCCUGUAAUAUGUGUUAGUGAACCCUCAAAAUAAAAAGUAUGCAAGUGUGUUUUCAUGUUGCAA